GCAGCAGUCGCAGCAGCAGCAGCAGCAGCAGCAGCAGCAGCGCAGCCUCAGCUCGUCCCGCCGCUGGCUGCCCUGCCGUCACUCUAACGCUCACCUUUUAACCGCAGGACACCUGGAGGACUGCUGGAGCUGCAGCUGGACUUCUUCUUCUCCACUUAAUGGAGUUUUUAAACUGAGGAACAUAAAUUAAAAAACUAAAAGACGAGAACUUGGAUGUCUUUUGGCUCGUGGUUUAUUUUUUUCUCUCUCUGUAAGGUGUCUUCACCUGGAUUGUGUCUCCUGAGACGAUCUUUACUUGUGGUGGAAAGUUUGAAAAAGGACAUAAGUGAAUUUCUUUCUGUUUAUCUUUUUUUCCGUGCUGGAAAGACACUGCUGUGGGAAAAAAGAAGAUGUUCUGCUCCAGGAGAGUCCUGCAGCAGUGGUGCUUCGCUCUCUUCCUCCUCUGCUCCCCGGUGCCGCACUUUGGACGGCCAAUUGAUGCCCUGAGCAGCAGAAUAAAACGGUCCGUGACUCACGCUCAGCUGAUGCACGACAAAGGCCGGGCGCUGCAGGACUUUAAGCGCCGCAUGUGGCUGCAGGAGCUUUUGGAUGAAGUCCACACGGCGGAGAUACGCGAACUCCCGGUCCGGACCACCGGCGGAGGCGGGAGCAGCAGCGGCGCAGGCGUCGGGCUCCCGGGUGUCAGCCUGGGCAUCAACCUGAGCACCACCGGCAGCACCCUGCACUCCAAACCCCCCGGAGGGACCAAGAACCUCCCCAUCAGCUUCAGGCUGGAGGAGGAGGAGGGCACCAACCUGCCGCAGGAGACCAACAAGUCUCAGACGUACAAAGACGGCGUGCUGAAAGCACCCGGCAAGAAGAAGAAGAAAGGGAGGUCCGGGAAGAGGCGGGAGGGAGAGAAGAGGAAGAGGAGGGCGCGUUCUUUGGGGUGGAGGCUGGAGGACGAACCCGGGAGUGGACUCCACCUGGAGUGGAGGUCUCUGCUCGGCCUGCAGAGGGCGCUGCUUUAAAACGCUGUCAGUCUCUGACAAAGAAACCGCUGGACUGGACUCCUAAAUACUCUCGUUACAGUCUUCUGUAAUAGUGAUUGUUUGGAAAGAAAUUGGAAAAUAUUUAUUGUCUGUAAAUAUUCUAAAUAUAGCAGAACAAAUAGCAGAAUAUGAUAAAAAAAAAAAACGUAUUUGAUGCUCUGUGAGGCAACAGAUUUUAAUCUUUGUGAAUCCUUGCUUUUUUCUUUUUUAUUCCAAUUAUGUCAGAUUUUUUUUGGCGGUAAUUUAUUUUGUCUGAAUGGUGUAUUUAUUUUGUAAAUGUAUCGAGGUGCUGCUGACCUUCUAUAUUUUUGUACCAUAUUGCACUUUAGAUAUAUAAAUAUAAAUAUAUAUACCAUUAAUUUUGUUCAUUGUUUUUGUGGUUGAUUGAAAUGAAGUAAAAACGACGGUCGUCACUCUGUGUUACCUUUCAGUUUGAUUCUUGACCUUUUGCUCUGCUCAGAUGUCCAGUUUUUUUUUGUUUGUUUGUUUCUUUGCUGCUGUUUCUUCAGAUGUUUUGCGGCUCUGACUGAAGGUUUUUGUUGUCUCACUUCUGUGUUCGACCCUUCAGUGUUCUCCGGUUCGCCCGCUUUGCUUCUCAAUGCCAAAGUUCACAUUUGUACAUAAACCAAACACGGCUCGAUAUUGUUGUUUUUUGGCACUUGCACUGAGAUAAACACCCUGUACUGAACGGAUUAAACAUUUGACAGUAUCCUC